UCCCACGUCCCAGUUGGAUUCAUUUCCCUAGCAGGGACACUCACCUAUCCUGGUCAGCUGGGAGAGCAGCAACUAUCCGAGAGCAGACGAGAGAGAGAGAGCUUUUCACCACAGCUGGCAGACAUGUGCACCGGAAAGUGUUCCCGCUUCAUCGCAGUGGCCCUGUAUCCUCUGGCCGCCCUCUCCAUCAUCUGCAACAUCGUGCUGUUCUUUCCCGGCGGAGAGGUCAAGUAUGCAGAGCAGGGACACAUCACCGAGGAGGUCAAGUACCUGGGGGGGAUCAUCGGAGGGGGGGUGCUGGUGCUGCUGCCGGCGCUUUACAUUCACCUGACUGGAUCACAGGGCUGCUGUGGGAAUCGCUGCGGGAUGUUCCUGUCCAUUCUGUUUGCGGCCAUAGGCGUGGUGGGGGCCCUGUACAGCUUCAUCGUGGCAGUGCUGGCCCUGCAGAACGGGCCCCUGUGUAAAUACAUUCUGUGGACGACCCCCUUCAAGAACAGCGACAAGAGCUACCUGUCCGACAGCUCCAUGUGGGGUCAGUGUUUCGAGCCCAAGGACAUGGUGCAGUUCCACAUCGGCCUGUUCGGGACCCUGCUGGCCACCAGCUGCCUGCAGCUCGUCCUCUGUGCCGCUCAGAUGAUCAACGGCCUGUUCGGCUGCCUGUGCGGGACCUGCACCGAAAAGGGGCCGCUGUGAGUUCCUGAAAGCCCCCCCCCCCCCCCCCCCACCCCACCACAUGGUAGACUGAGGAUCCAGGCAGCUUCUGCAGAAAAUACUCCCUUUCAACUCAUUUUUUACCUUCUUAGAGUUUAUAUUUUUAUGCAUAAUUCAUGUUUCUUACAUUAUGAUCACAAUCAGCAUGAAAAUCUUUAAUACGCUGUGAUGCCUUCAUCCCAUCCCAGAAUUUGCUGCUCAGAUGAACAGCUCUAUGUCUACAGCACAGUUUUGCUUUAGAAAGGAAGAUUUACACACUAAAUAAACUAUUUCUAGCUCAUACUUUUAAUAAACUUUUUUAAUCUGUC